AUGUCUCUUUCAAAUAAACUUUCAGUCAAAGAUCUCGAUGUUGCCGGAAAGCGUGUCUUCAUCCGUGUCGACUUCAACGUUCCUCUGGAUGGUGACAAGAUCACCAACAACCAGCGUAUCGUUGCUGCUUUGCCAACUAUCCAAUAUGUUUUGGAUCACAAGCCAAAGGUCGUCGUUCUGGCUUCUCAUUUAGGCCGUCCAAACGGAGAGGUCAACCCAAAAUUCUCUUUAAAACCAGUUGCUGCUGAAUUGUCCUCCCUACUAGGUAAGAAGGUGACUUUCUUGAACGAUAGUGUUGGACCAGAGGUUGAGAAGGCUGUCAACUCUGCCUCCAAUGGAGAGGUUAUUCUUUUGGAGAACUUGCGUUUCCACAUUGAAGAAGAAGGAUCUCAAAAGAAAGAUGGUCAAAAGAUCAAGGCCGACAAGGAGGCUGUUGCCAGGUUCAGAAAGCAAUUGACCGCAUUGGCCGAUGUCUACGUUAACGACGCCUUCGGUACCGCUCACAGAGCCCACUCCUCCAUGGUUGGAUUUGAAUUGGAGCAAAGAGCUGCUGGUUUCUUGAUGGCUAAGGAGUUGACAUACUUCGCUAAGGCCCUGGAAAACCCUGUCAGACCAUUCUUGGCCAUCCUUGGUGGUGCUAAGGUUUCUGACAAGAUUCAAUUGAUUGACAAUUUGCUGGACAAGGUCGAUUCCAUCAUCAUUGGUGGAGGAAUGGCUUUCACUUUUAUCAAGGUUUUGGAUAACGUUGCCAUUGGUAACUCUUUGUUCGACGAGGCUGGUGCCAAGUUAGUUCCCGGCUUAGUUGAGAAAGCCAAGAAGAACAAUGUCAAACUGGUUCUUCCAGUCGACUUCGUCACUGCCGACGCCUUCUCCAAGGAUGCAAAGGUCGGUGAAGCCACGGUUGAGUCUGGUAUUCCAGACGGAUUGCAAGGAUUGGACGCUGGUCCAAAAUCCAGAGAAUUGUUCGCAGCUACCAUCGCUGAGGCUAAGACAAUCGUCUGGAACGGUCCUCCAGGUGUUUUCGAGUUUGACAAGUUUGCUGAAGGUACCAAGUCUAUGUUGGCAGCUGCCAUCAAGAACGCUCAGAACGGUGGAACUGUCAUCGUUGGUGGUGGUGACACGGCUACCGUUGCUAAGAAGUUCGGUGGUGCUGACAAGCUAUCCCACGUUUCCACUGGAGGAGGAGCUUCUUUGGAACUGUUGGAGGGAAAGGAGCUUCCAGGUGUAGUUUACUUGUCCAACAAGGCUUAA